AUGGCCGCCUCAACAGGGUCAUACCUCAUCAUAGGCGCUGGCGUUUUUGGCGCCUCCACAGCCCUGCACUUAGUCCGCGCCUAUCCCGACGCCAGCAUCACCCUCGUCGACCGUAACGCCUAUGACGCCCCGAUCCGCGUCGCCGCCUCCUGGGACUGGAACAAGGUCGUGCGCGCCGACUAUGUUGAUAUUGAGUACAUGCGCCUCUGCCUCGAAGCCAAAAAGUACUGGUCCGAGGACCCGAUCUGGAAACCAUACUACCACGAAAGCGGCGUCUACUGGGUCUCGCCAAACAACUUUGCAAAACAAAUGCAAGAGAACUACAAGAAGCUCGGAGUCGACUCUGGGUUAUUCUCUUUCUCUGUCGAGGAGGCGAAGAAGCAGUAUGGCGGCAUCUUCAAGGAUGCUGAUUUCACUGAUGUGAAGGAGGUUUUUGUCAAUAAGAAUAGUGGAUGGGGUGAGGCGAAGGAGGCAUUGCAGAGAACGAUCGAAGAGGCUGUGCAGCUCGGGGUGAAGUACAUUGAGGCAGAAGUUGAAAAAAUUGAGUUCGAUGACGAUGGUGCUGCAACCGGUAUCAAGACGUCUAAGGGCGAGAGUCUUACCGCCUCACGAGUUAUUCUGUCAACAGGCGCUUACACGGCUAAGUUGCUUGCUGAUAGCGCACCCGCAAGAAAAGAUCUUCAAGCUGGUGACAGGUUCGUAGCAGCAGCUGUUACCGAGGGGUUUACGCCUGUCUCUGGGGAGAAUGCAAAGGACUAUUACGACGGGCCAGUUGGCAUCUCCAUGGUGCCUCCAUCGAGAGGCGCAAGCAACGGAAGUGUUCCCCAUUCCAAAGACAAGACCUUGAAGUUCUGGGGUCAGAUCAUCUUCAGAAACACUCAGACUCAUGCAAACGGAAGUCAGCUAUCUACACCUCCCCCGGCAGUUGACUAUGCGCAGCUCGAGGUACCAGAUACUCUGAAAGAAGAUGUUGACUAUGCUGGCAAGAGCCUGUUUGGGAAAGGAAGCGAAACAUUCAAGAACGAGAACUAUCGUAUCUGCUGGGAGGCUGUCACGCCCGAUGAAGACUUUAUCAUCUCCCCGCACUCUGCAAGCAAGAAUCUCUACGUCGCAACCUGUGGAUCUUUUCACGGCUGGAAGUUCCUGCCCAUCCUGGGUAAAUAUGUCGUGCAGAUGCUCGACGGAUCUCUCGAGGAGACUUUGGAAUGGACGCCCGAGGCACAUCUCAACUUCAUGAAUGCCCAGGAUAUCGAGAAAUCGUACUUGUCCAUCUCCAGCCCGGGGGUAUACCUGUCCGUACCAUCAAAGUACGCGACUGAGAAAGCCAUCAAACUCGCACGUCAAGUAAACGAAUAUGCAUCAGAAGUAAAAUCCAAGUAUCCCGACAAGUUUGGCUUCUUUGCAUCCCUUCCCCUCCCAGAUGUGAGCGCGUCCGUCGAAGAAAUCAAAUACUGCUUCACCCAACUCGACCCGAAACCUGACGGCAUCGUGCUCAUGUCCAACUUUUACGGGAUGUACCUCGGCGACCCGGACCUCGAUCCAGUGUACAAGGCACUGAACGAGGUGAACGCCACAAUCUUUGAGCAUCCUACCGCACCUUGUACCGAGCACAACCAUUUGAGAUUCUCAAUCGACGGAGAAGACCCCGGUAUCGCACCGCCGGAAUGGCUUACCCUGAACAGGCCGGUGGCAGGACGGCAAGGACGAGCGCCGACAAUCGACUUCCCCUUUGACACAGCACGCACAUUUGCAGACUUAUUCUACUCCAAGAUUCCGACACGGUUCCCUCGCAUCAAGUGGAUUAUGCCUCAUGCCGGCGGCGGUCUCGUUCCUACUCUGGAUCGGAUUGUCAGUUAUAGCACGCCGGAUGUCAAUCUCACGGAGUCGUUUAUGAAAGCUACAUUGGCAGAAAACUUUUACUUUGACCUUGCUGGACCUUGGCCGGUUACCUGGGCGAUUGCUCCUCUGCUUCGGUGGGUGAGCUAUGAGAAGCUGUUGUGGGGGACGGAUACGCCUUUCACGCCUUGGGCCAUGGCUGAGGCUGGGAGAGUUAAGUUUGAUCAAGAUAUUGAGAAGGCUUUCAACGACACCAACAAGGUCGAAGCUGUGAGAAGGAGCAAUGCUGCGAAACUAUUCGGAUGA